GGCCCGCUGUGGAGUGGCAGCCAUGAGUGGUAAAAACUAAUUUUGACCCAGCACUGGCCCCCCACAGUAUGCAAGGAAGUUAACAGAUGCCGGGACUCUCUGGAUUACUGGACAAUACAUGGACUAUGGCCCGGCAGAGCAGAAGAUUGUAACCAGUCCUGGCACUUUAACUUAGAUGAGAUUAAGGACCUUUUGAGAGACAUGAAGAUCUACUGGCCUGAUGUGAUUCACCCGUCUUCUAAUCGCAGCCAAUUCUGGAAACAUGAAUGGGAUAAACACGGCACCUGUGCUGCCCAGGUGGAUGCCCUCAAUUCCGAGAGGAAGUACUUUGGGAAGAGCCUGGAUCUAUACAAGCAGACUGAUCUCAACAGUGUACUACAAAAAUUUGAGAUCAAGUCAUCUAUCAACUACUACCAGCUUGCAGAUUUCAAAGAUGCACUUACAAGAAUCUAUGGUGUGGUGCCUAAAAUCCAGUGCCUUAUGCCAGAACAGGGAGAGAAUGUACAGACCAUUGGGCAGAUAGAGCUGUGCUUCACCAAGGAGGACUUCCAUUUGCCGAACUGA